AUGUCUAAGAGAGCAUUGGAGUUACUCGCUUUACCCAAAGAUGGUGUUCCUAAGUUACUUCUUGACAUUGGUUGUAGAUUAGGACUUAGUGGUAAGACUAUCACACAGAAUGGACACCGUUGGAUUCGUCUUGACAUUUCAACCUCAAUGAAUAAUAUUGCAUUGGAGCGUGAGGUUGCGGGCUACUUUAUACUCGGUGAUAUGGGUCAGGGUUUAGAGUUUCGUCUUGGAAUGUUUGAUGGGGCCAUCGGUAUAUCUACUGUUCAGUGGUUAUGUUAUGCUGUUAAAUCAUGUCACAACCCUCAUCUAAGAUUGAAAUCUUUUUUUACAUCUUUAUACAGAUGUUUGACAAUUGGUGCUAGAGUAGUAUUUCCACUGAAUGCUGAAAGUUCGGAUCAGCUUAAAUUGAUUGGUAGAGCUGCAUUAGGUGCUGGAUUUGUAGGGACCUUUGGGGUGGAUCAUCUAGGAAGUUGGAAGAAGAAAGAAAGGUUUCUUGUUUUAACAUGUGUUGCAAACACUUUGUUGGCCAAACGGGAAGAUGAAGGUGAAGAAAAUAAGAGGGCAAGUCUGGUGUAAUCAACUCAAAGCUUUGUUUAAAUUGAUACAUCUGGUAUUUACAUGUUUCUUGUAAAUUGUUCCGAGUUAGUUUCCGGUUAAAUUCAAAUCUUUGGUUAAAUUGAUACAUGUGGUAAUCAAUUUGUUUCUUGUUUUCACAUGUUUCUUAUUUUCACAUGUGGUAUUUCCUUCAUACAAUAAAGUAUGAUGAUUAAAUUGAUAUUACUGUAGGUAAAUAUCUCAGUAAUAUUUUUUGUGGCUAAAUCUUAAUAUUUUCAAAAAUGUUUUUUAUUCGAAAACAACAGCAGCUAUUGUGACGGUGGUUCCAAAUCUUGGCAGGAAGGAUGUCUAUUUGGCAUACGUGCCCCUUAUUCGAAAACAACAGCAGCUAUUGUUGUCGUUGUCCAGUUUAUUAUGUUGGCUUUAAGUUGUGUAAUUGGUUAUGGUAAUAUGGUUUAUUCUAUAAUAAAACAUUAGAAAAGAGGUUAGGUCCCUUUUUUCAAAA